AUGUACUUAAUAACUCCUCUUAGAGACGGCAAGAGCAACGACGAGAGCGACGACGAGGACGACGAGGACGACGAGGACGACGAGGACGAGGACGAGGACGAGGACAACAGAAGCGAUGGUGAUAGAAGCGAUGACGAUAGAAGCGAUGACGAUAGAAGCAACGAAAACAAUAACGACAACGACGAGGACGACGAUAGAAGUAACGAUGACGAGGACAACGAGGUAGAGGCCGUAUAA